GGAACAGACCACAUGGUCUGAGACGGUUAACCUAACAUUUCAAUUGUAGUGUUGUAAAGGUGUUUAGGUUUUGUGAUAUAAAAUUGAAUGUUCAGUUAAAUAAAUAGCAAGUCCAUUGAAAGUUUUAAAACAAUUUUCAAAAAUGGGUAAAAAAUCCAAAGUUGGGAAACAGCGCAGAGAUAAAUUUUACCAUCUAGCUAAAGAAACUGGAUACCGGUCCCGAGCUGCCUUCAAAUUGAUUCAACUGAACCGCAAGUUCAACUUCCUUCAAAAGUCACGUGUGCUGAUAGACCUGUGUGCUGCGCCAGGAGGAUGGAUGCAAGUGGCCAAACAGAACAUGCCAGUGUCCAGCGUCGUUGUUGGAGUGGAUCUGUAUCCGAUCCCAGCAGUUCCGGGCUGUAUAUCUCUGGUGGAGGAUAUCACCACAGAUAAGUGCAGGAAAGCUUUAGCCAAAGAGCUACAGACUUGGAAAGCUGAUGUCGUUCUCAAUGACGGAGCUCCAAAUGUUGGAUUGAACUGGCUGCAUGAUGCGUACCAGCAGGUGUGUCUGACUCUGAGUGCGCUUAAGCUGGCAACUCAGUUCCUCAAGAAGGGAGGAUGGUUUGUCACCAAGGUGUUUCGGUCCAAAGACUACCACGCUCUCAUCUGGGUGUUCAAACAGCUGUUCAAGAAGGUCCACGCCACCAAGCCGCAAGCGUCGCGACUGGAGUCAGCCGAGAUAUUCGUAGUCUGCCAGUACUACUUAGCGCCAGACAAGCUGGACCAGCGCUUCUUGGAUCCCAAGUACGUGUUCAAGGAGCUGGAACUGGAGGUUGGCAACAAGGCGUCGGUGUUCCACCCGGAGAAAGGAAAGAAGGCCAAGGCAGAGGGUUAUAUGGACGAUCGUGCAGGAUACACGGUGCUGCCUGUCAGUCAGUUCCUGCAGAGCAGCAAUGUCAUCUACACUCUGCAGACCACGGCUGUGAUCGAGUUUGAUGACGACGCGGUGGCCAACGAUCCUCGGACUACACCGGAGAUCAAGGAGUGCUGCAAGGACAUCAAGGUGCUGGGACGCAAGGACCUGAGAAUGCUGAUGGCCUGGUGGAAGGCGUUGAGAGCGGACGAAGAAGAGACUAAGGAGGGAGUCAAGAAGGAGACUGAUGGAGGAGAGGAGAAGAAGGAAGGAGAAGAGGAACUGUCUGAAGAUGAGAAGGAACUGGUUGAUGUCGAACAACAGAUCCAGACGCUGAAGGAAGAAGAAUCUAGGGAACAGAAAAGAAAGAGGAAGAGAGCAAAUAAGGAGCGUACAAAAUUAAACGAGAAAUUGAAUUUGAAAAUGGUGGUAAAGGGAGACUACGGGCCAAAAGAUGAAGACAUUGAAGUGUUCAACUUGAAGCAGCUGCAACAUGCUAAAGAUCUACAGAAGGUAACGGACCAAGCGCCUGAGUUGUUGGCAGAGUCUGAACCAGAGUCGGAUGAUGAGCCGAAAUCGAAGAAGGAACUCUAUGACAAGGAGAAGACCCACUUGGACAGCUCGGGGAAGUUUUACAAAUCAGAAGACAGCGAACCCGAAAUGUCCUCUGAGGAAAGUGGCUUUGACAGUGAUGCUGAAAGUUUACGGUUUGAAGACGACAGCAGUGAUGAGGAAGAAGUGAAUAGAAGUAAGAAGAAGCAGAAGAAGGAGAUAAAUGAGAAAUUAACUAAGAAAAGUGAUAAGAAAGUGAAAUUUGCUGAUGAAGUGAACAAGAAAACAAAAUCCAGCAGGGGAACAAAAGAGAACGAAGAACAGGACAAUCCUCUCAUUACAGAUUUGGAUCCAAGAGACAAAGCACAGAAAAGAAUACAAAAAGCGGAAUUGUGGUUUGAGAAGGAUGUCUUCAAAAACUUGGACACAGAGGCUGAUGAAGACUACGAGCUGGACCUGAUGGUGGACAGUGUAAAGAAGAGAGGGGGAGUGAUCCUGGGGCAUGAUGGCAGUGAUGGAGAGGACGAGGAGAGUAAACUGCCCAAACUGUCCAAGAAGAAAGAAGUCGAAGGCAGUGAUGGUUCAGAAAGUGAUAGUGACUCUGACUAUGAUGUCAUGAAGGAAACGUUUAAACAAAAAAAGAAAGAAAAGAAAUCAAAUGAUAAGAAUGCAGGAUUUGAAACUGUUGCCACACCAAAAGUGAGCAAGAAACGUAAGCUGACCGAAGAGGGCCUGGCACUAGGAGCCAUGCUGGUGUCGUCCAAGCGAACACGUCGGGACCUGCUGGACAGUGGAUGGAACCGCUUCGCUUUCAACGAUGAACAUCUUCCCGACUGGUUCGUAGAUGACGAGAAGAAACACAUGCGCAAAGAGGCUCCAGUACCUAAGGAACUCGUGGAUGACUACAAGAAAAGGGUGCAAGAUCUUAACGUGAGGCCAAUUAAGAAAGUGAUUGAAGCCAAAGCUAGGAAGAAGAAGAGGGCAAUCCGAAAAAUGGAGAAGGCGAAGAAGAAAUUGGAAGGCAUUUUGGACCGGCCUGACAUAACCGAGCAGGAGAAACGGCAACAAAUCAGACAGCUCUAUAAGAAGGCGAAGGCUGCGCCCAAGAAGGAGGUGACUUACGUGGUGUCCAAGAAACAUCUGGCUGCCAAGAAAACGAGGAGACCGGCUGGAGUCAAGGGCCAGUACAAGGUCGUCGACCCCCGAAUGAAAAAGGAUGUACGAGCCCAAAAACGGGUUAAUGCGAAGAAGUUCGGCAAGAAGAAAGGUGCUCCUCAAAAGCCCAGAGGAAAGACGAAGAAGUCAAAAAAAUAAAUGUACAUAAUGUGUAAUUGUUAUGUUGUAAAGUUAAAUUUUUACAUUUUA